GUCUGGAGAGGUUCCGUGUCCACGGUGUCCCGCUCCGUCUCUGCGCUUCCGUUUGAACGUACCGUUUGCUCCCGCCGCAGGCCGCGCCGCGCGCCUUCCCAGCUUCCGCCUCCGGCGCGCCCGAACCGGAUAACCUAACCUCGUCCUCGGCUUCUGCUGGGCUGUUUGUUUUCGUUGGAAAAGCCAUGGCAGAUAUGCAGGAAAAUAUCAAGUCUGGCCAGGACCAGCAUAACUGCGCAGUGAGUAGUAGCGCUGAUCCUAAAAACAUGCAGGAAUUGACGACCUAUGUUCAGACCCUCCUCCAAGGAAUGCAAGAUAAGUUCCAGACUAUGUCGGACCAAAUCAUCACAAGAAUAGAUGAAAUGGGUACGAGAAUAGAUGACCUGGAGAAGAACAUUGCAGAUCUAAUGACUCAAGCUGGUGUUGACGGCCCUGAGAAAUAAUGUUUCUGAAUCUUGAAAACACUUUCUUUUUAUGAUAUUUUUCAUUUAUUUUGUAAUAGAUUUGAUUUGCAUUCCUCUUUUGCUGAAACGUUACACAUCAACAUUUAUCAAGAUGUAUUAAAAAUAAACAAGUGGGCAUAGAUAACGGUUAA